AAUCAUUUGAUGGGAGGUAGCAUAGCACACACAUUAGACAAGCUUACCUCAAUUAAACAACAAUCAAUAUUUAGUAGUGAAACGUACUUAGUGGCUGUUGGGUCCAAUCCGGUGGCGGGACUUUGUAUUUCAGCAACAGUACAGCAGAUCUGCUUCACUGAUACCACAAAUGCUGUCGUUGAAGUCAAUUGGAGCUUCGCUAGUAGGAAUAGUAGUACUACUAUUAUUCCGAUUGCAGACGACAGAAGGUUCAUUGCACGAGUACAGGGGAGAGAAUUUUGUGAGCAAGGGCAAUGCAUUUGUGGUUCAUGGAGGCAGCGAAGGAAUUUACUCUUCUCUUACUAAUAACCUCAUUCAAUCUCAUUCCUAUUCUACUAACACCGACUCCUUCAUUCGAUUUGAAAAGAUUUUAUUUAGGAGGCCAAAAGAAUUCUCAAACUUUAGUUCAGGCCCAAUUCAUGCAAUUGUUUUUGAUGUGGAUGAUCGAGAGACGAUUGGUGGCUCUGCUUAUGGUGGCCAAAGAGCUAUUUGUUGUACAGCAGAUCUUGCAAAACUUGGAGUUUGUACACAAGGGCAAAUCAUUCAUCGCCCAUCUGCUAAUAAUCCCGGAUGGCCUAAAGUUUUUAGUGCCUCAUUCAGCAAUGAUGAGGUUGAUGUAGCACUGACGUCAAGAUCAAUCCCCAUAAAAACUGAGAUGUAUAAUGUGUACUUUAUUCACUGUGAACCAAAUCUUAAGGAAGUUACUGUUGAAGGGAAAACCAUAUGGAAGAAUCCUACUGGUUACCUACCUGGUAGAAUGGCUCCCCUUAUGAACUUCUAUGGGUGCAUGUCUCUUGCAUUUGUGUUACUUGGGAUCUUUUGGUUUUCGCAGUAUGCAAGAUUCUGGAGAGAAGUUAUUCCGUUACAAAAUUGUAUUACACUCGUUAUAACAUUGGGCAUGCUUGAAAUGGCCUUUUGGUACUUCGACUAUGCUGAAUUCAAUGAAACUGGAGUCAGGCCCACUGGUACCACUGUGUGGGCAGUGACCUUUGGUACGGUAAAGCGCACAGUUUCACGUUUGGUCAUUCUGAUAGUCUCUAUGGGCUUUGGUGUCGUUAGACCUACUCUGGGUGGUCUCACAUCAAAGGUCCUUUUGCUUGGAGGAACAUUUUUUUUGGCUUCUGAAGUGCUUGAACUGGUAGAAAAUGUUGGUGCUGUUAGUGAUUUCUCAGGAAAAGCAAGGUUAUUUUUUGUACUUCCUGUCGCAAUUUUAGAUGCUUUCUUUAUCCUUUGGAUAUUCACCGCCCUUUCGAAAACUUUGAAUAAGCUUCAGGCUAGAAGGUUGCUGGCCAAACUAGACAUUUACCGGAAGUUCACAAAUGCAUUGGCUGUCACUGUUAUUUUAUCUGUUGGAUGGACGUGUUAUGAGCUAUACUUCAAGUCCACUGAUGUGUACAAUGAGAGAUGGCAAAAUGCAUGGAUUAUUCCUGCUUUCUGGCAAGUGCUAUCCUUCUCUCUCCUUUGCAUCAUCUGCGUUCUUUGGGCACCAUCUCAAAACUCCAUGAGAUAUGCCUACUCCGAUGAUGGUGAAGAGUUAGACAAAGACGCUACAUUGACGCUCAUAAAGCCGUCCCCUCUGCUGCCAAAGGAUGUUAGGAACCAACCUGAAGUGAGGCCAACACUGGGUAACAAUGAAUUAUCUAAUGGUGCUGAUGUUGAAGACAAGACAGAGUAAAGCAACACAUCUUUUUUGUAGUAUGAUAAGAAAGGUACUGUCAGUUGAGUAAAUUAUAUUGUUAGAAUUAUGUAAACCUAUGUCUGUAUAAAAAGUACUAAGGUUAAUCAGGAGAGGUCUAUAGGUAAAAGAAAUUUGUAAUUGUUGUUUUUUAGAAGUUAUGUUCGUUUAUGUUAUAUGAUGUUAAAUUAUGGAAAAGUUAAUUAGAGAAUGGCUUUUUUCUCACCAA